UUAAGAAACGUCGACUGCGUCAUAUGCGUGUAUGUGUUUCGAAGAUCCGGGUUUAGUUCGUUACAUGGUGAAUAUCAUGCAUGUUGGUCAGUAGUUUCAUGCGGAAGAUUACAUGCCAAACAGGUUGCAAGAUGGCCCGUAUCUUUGCCAUUUCGGACAUCCAUGUUGAUCACUUCGUUAACAAGGAAUGGAUACAAGGACUGGAUCAUGAGAAAUAUACCAACGAUGUGCUUCUGCUAGCAGGGGAUGUCACAGACUCACUAACACUCCUCAAGUCUACAUUAGAGUCACUCAAGACAAAGUUUAAGGAGGUCUUCUACGUUCCAGGCAACCAUGAACUUUGGAUCAGGGAUAAAUCUAGCUCAGAGACAUCUGUUGGUAAAUUUAACAGCAUAAUAAAAAUGUGCAAAACAUUAAGUGUGCACACUGAACCUCGGCAAGUAGAGACAUCUGACGGAGAAUGUGUGUGGAUUGUACCAUUGUUUUCAUGGUAUGCUACCCCAGAGGAGGAUAGGCAAGAUUCCUUGUAUGUCUCAGGUCCGAGUGAGGACCCUUCAACUUUGACCCUCUGGAUGGACAAUCACAUGUGCAAGUGGCCUGAUUCCAUAGGAAGUCGCUCCAAGUUUUUUGGAAAGUUGAAUGAGGAUCGUGUCUGUGCUUACGAUGCACCAGUAAUAUCAUUCAGCCACUUCCUGCCUCGGAUGGAGUUGAUCCAAGCUGAAGCAGAAGAUGAACAUUGUGUUGGUGAGGAGAGGAGAAUGCUGGGCCUCCAGCCCGAGAUGCCCAAGCGUCAAGGAGCGAUGGCUGGUUUCAAUUUCACGCGCUAUGCCGGCUGCAAAACUCUGGAGAGACAGAUACGCAUAAUAGGCUCACAGGUGCAUGUGUAUGGUCACCAGCAUCGGAACAGGGAUCGGUUGAUUGAUGGUGUACGCUAUGUCUCACACUGCUUGGGAUACAAGAAAGAACGAGAUGAAGGCUUGACCUAUGGGAUCACUCACUGGAAGGGACCUAAGCAAGUGUGGCCCAAGGCUGACUGAAUGCCAUCCCAGGCAUUUAUCAAAUUUGAGUUUCCACAAUCAUGACAAAAAUCUUUCAUCACCUAACUCAAGUUCGUUACUGCAGUAGCCAAAUUUUAUGGAAGUAUGAUACAUGUUAUUUCCGUGAGCAAAACAGAAUUAAAGUGUGUCAAUGCACCUGUGUCUUUGCUUAAGUGUAGGAUAUUUUCAAGUACACAAUUUACAAUUCUCCUGUUUUACUUCGGACAGUUAUAUACCAUGGUUUCUUUUAUUGGAGUGGGCCGUUGGAGCAUAAGGGAACAUUUGCUUGUUUUUAAUAUGAAAAUAAGAAUAUCUGUAUUAAUUAAUUAACUUCAAGGUUUUGGGUGGGAUCACUUCAUCGAUUGCAUCAUGAACUGCUAUAUUGUGGAUAGCUGUCAUAUUGUGUAUAAAGUCUAUGGAUGGUACCUCACUUCAUGGUGAAACCGAGGGCAGUUUCCACAAAUGUUUCGAUCGACAACAUAAAUAUGAAAGUACUCGAGUACAAUUUUCCAAUAUAAUUUCAGAAUAAGUGGUUUUAUGAAUGUCACCAGUUUUGUCAGUCGAGCUUAUUACAUUUCAAACAUUGUGGUGAAAUUAAAUCUUUUAAGCUUUUAUUAGGGUAAUUGAAAUUCAUUGUUGAUAAUUGUUUUGGUAACGUUUAUAGAUAAAUUUUGUAAAUAAAAUAUAAAGAAAAAUAAUUAUAAGCAUAAAAUAAAUCCCGGCGCGUGCACAUUCUCGUCAAUCGAUGGCGCCCUUUGUGACGACCGCAUUUCCCCCGCGAUUCCCUGGAGGAUCGAUUCACACGCUACACGUAUUCGAUCUUUGCCACGCUUUUCUCGAUCGCGUGUGACUGCACGUGUUCAGCAUAUGGCGGAUGAUGAAAUCGCACGAUGCUUGACCCCCGGGAAACAAACUAGACUGUGCCCCUUUUGUGGUUUGUCGCCAGGGAUUCGGUGCAUUCAUAUCUUACCUAUCACGUGUAACAAUGUCGCAAAAUUUCUUGCUCAAUAGAAAAUAAAGAUAAAUACUAAUAUAUGCAAGCAUUACGUAAAAUAUGAAAGCAUGUGACUCAACGAGCUGGUAUGAUUUUUUCAGGACUUUGUAAAAUUUUUAAGGUCCCCCUUUUUGUCAGAAAUGGACCCGAAACCAACUUCUGCCCAGUACCCAAGUACUGCCUUCAUAGGCUAAUUAACAGAACUGGCAAAAUUUGUCUCAAGAAAUAUUACAUAAAAUAACGUUACCAAAACAGGAAGAAUAAUACUGGCAGUAACGAUACAGGCCUACGUACAAUCUUUGUGUGCCAUGUUCAUAGCAAUUUAGUUAUUUCUUCGUGAAAAAAAAUAAAUAAAAAAGCUCAUUAAAAAGAACGUCCUUCAAA